AUGCGACAAGAUACUCUUGCUCAGCUGGCAAAUUAUAUUUAUAUCCUCCAACCAGUCGGUCCAAUAACCUUUCCACAAAAGACACAAUAUAUCCUUUUCGAAGGGCAAAAACGGAAUUCAAUAAAUCAAUCGCCUUAUCAGCGAAAGCGAACCCACUUCGUCCCCGAUUCUCAGCCUCUCUUCUUCUCCCCGUCUCUGUUCCGGAGACAAACGCAAGAAGCUAAAACGACGACCUGCGCAGUGAUUGGAAUUUAUUGCAGUUCUACUCCUACCCGCUCUCAUAAAACCUACCUCAAGCACCGCAGCAGGAUGGCGACGCCAUUGUCAGGGGACGGAGUUCUGGCCCUGAUACCACAAGAACCCGUGAACUCCAUCGACCCCGCCACCCCGUGUUCGUCUUCUACUCCCGCGGCGUCAUCUUCAACCUGCAUGAAUUCGGGUGAUAAGUCUCCGAUAUUUAUGUUUAUGGUAUUUCAGAAAGCUAUCCGGUCAGAGCUCGAGCAGCUGCACCGAGCCGCGAUUGCGUUCGCUACGGAUGGGGUUGGCGAUCUACGGUGGCUGUCGGAGCGAUGUCGGUUCCUGUUCGAUAUAUAUAAGCAUCACUGCAAUGCAGAGGACGCGGUGAUUUUCCCAGCUCUUGAUAUCAGAGUAAAGAAUGUGGCAAGGACGUAUUCUCUUGAACAUGAGAGAGAAAAUGAUCUUUUCAGUCAGUUGUUUGAUCUGCUAAGCUCAAACAUGCAAGGCGAUGAUAGAUUUCUAAGAGAACUUGCUUCACGCACCGGAGCAAUCAAGACAUCACUCAACCAGCACAUGUCUAAAGAGGAGCAACAG